AUGCAAGCAAAAGGUGACACUGCUAUUGAUAUGGAAAUGAUGAUUGAAAGCACAGAACAUUUAAAUAAUUUAAAGAGUGAUUCACCUAAGGGUUAAAUAACUGAUUAGAGUGGUGAGAACCAAAGCUUGAAUCAAAAAGUCAGUUAGAUUGACUUGGAGUUCUAGAAGCUUUUAUGUUAGUUAAUUGAGACUAAAUUAAGUGAGAAUACAAUUACAUAAGUUCGUGACUUGUUAAGAAGAUUAUCUGGUUCUCUAAUUAUGGGGAUUCCGAACGGGCCACAGAUACUCAACAGUCUUUACUAAAUCAUCCUAAAAUUUCCCAUUUAGUCCAUUAUCUAGUGUAUUGUCCAGACUCAAAAAGUUGAUCAAAAGAGUGAAAUAGCUGAUCCUAAAGAGGCUGAAUUUGUUCCAAAAGUCAAGGGAUACCCAAAUAAGCCAGCAGUCCGCAUUUCAUUUGUAUAAAUCGCAAAGCAAGAGAACAGAUGA